AUGGAGAUGAAGGCUCAAGCCGCGGUGAACAUGAACGAGGCCGACGCGACCGCGACAGUCGAUCAAACAGAUCUUCGCGUCGAGGAAGCCGUGACCGCGACCGCGAGCGAAGUCAAGGUCGAGACAAGGAACAUCGCGAACACCGUGACCGUCGCUCAGGGGCUGGAGAGAGUGGUAGGGAAGAGCGCGAAUCCAGACGCUCCAACCGAGAACCUGGUGGCGCUCCACGCGAGCCAAUGGGGCCUCCUCCUACUGGAAGAGACCUUGUACAAGGCCGUGAUGGCCGACACAGAGGUGAUAGUCAAAGCGGCCGCAGUGGUGAAGACUGGGCGAGCAACGGUAGAGGAGGACGAGGGCAACGCGAAGGAGGUUUACGACCAGACGAUCGUCGCGACGGGCGAGAGGACCCCCGUGGACGAAAGAGGAGGAGCGAAGGAGAUUCAGGGUCGCAGAAUGAUCGCGAGAAACGGGCCCGACGAUAAAGAUAAUUUGAAUGAAAGUCGGUACAGCAUGUUUUGA